AUGGUGGAUCAGCCAUUUAGAUGGAAUAUAGGGGACGGCAGCAGGCAACAGCCGGAUAUCGAUCAAUUCCGGUUCUCUGCAUGGUUGGUGUUAGACAGCAAAUGCCGACAGACAUUUUUCCAGUCACCCUCGUUUAAAGGCUCCGUUAGACAAGAUAGUUUGAAACCUUCGACGGCGUUUUCCUUAAAAUCCUUUGAGGAGUUCCCCAGAAAUCUUUCAGGUUUGUCUUCAGAACCCAUACAAAGCACCGCUUGGACGACCAAUCAUUCGUUACCAGCCAUGGCUUCUACACCAACCCGCCCCUUCCGAUACGAAGUCCGUGUCUUCAACCAAGAGAGUCCCAUCAUCAAGGAAGAGGUGGUUCCAGUUGCACUUUGCGUCGCUCGUCCUCCCGAAAUGGAAACGAGGAGAUUCCUUACCUCCCUUGUAUCGAAGCAUGACAGGGAUAUUCUUAACAUGCAACCAAGGACCUGUUGGAACUGCGAUAAGCAGGCGAUUGGUCUCACCCACACCCCGGCUUCUUGGCUUCACCUGUCCGACCCUCUCGUUUUGGAUUUCGUGCAACCCGUCUGUGAAAAUGGAGGCGCUUGCGACCAAGCCGCACGUCAGAUGAUGUACGAGGAGAUGACGAUGGCGACUGCUGCUGCUGCGACACGGGGAUAG